AUUAUUGCAUCUACUUCUAUAUAUUAAAAAAGAACUACGGGCGAAAAGAGCAAAAAAAUUGCCUGCGCACAAUUUCAACAAUACCCUGGCUCUUCGUUUUCUUGGCGAUCUCUACCGGUUUCUCAUUGUGUAUAUUGUCUGCCAGCUCUUUGAUUGAUUUAGCUCAACUGUUAUCUUCUUGCAUGAGAUUUGUGUUCUGUGUUAGGUUGUCUCUCCUCCCUUGAGUUUUUCUCAUGGUUUGGGAUUCAGUUUUUGUGUGUAAAACAAUUUAGAUUUCGCGGCACACCUUCUUCAUAACGGCGGUUCUAGAGAGAACGUGGCAGGCCGAAGCUGUGCCUAACCAAAAAGAGGUUGCAGAGGAGUGCAGGGCGGUGAAGUGAUUGCGGAGUGCUGCUCGUAGGUUGCUGGUUUGAAGAUCAAAGCAGAGAAGGCUACUAUGCUGGGAACUGAAUUUAUCGUUUGGCUUAACCAGCCUCACCUUGAGAAAUCUCUAUUGGCCAAUGAAGACAUUAUACAAAGGCUUAUCUCGGAGAAAAAGAUUUGGGUGGAAAUUAUUCAGAAAGAUGAUGCGAAGGCUAUUAUGGGGCAAUUUUUAAAAGUCGUUACAUUUUGCCAUUUACAGGGUGUAGUGCACCGGGAUCUUAUACCGGAGAAUUUUCUUUUUAGCACAACGGAUGAAAACUCUCAGUUAGUAGCAAAAUACUUUGAGCUGUCCGAUUUUAUCAGGCCAGAACUGCAUGACAUCGUCGGAAGUGGCACCCGAAGUUUUACAUAGAUCUUAUAGCACGGAGGCUGAUGUAUGGAGUAGAGGUCUUAUAUCAUAUAUACUUCUGUGUGGAAGUUGCUCAUUUUAUGCCCGAAAUGAGUCUGGCAUAUUUCGAGAAGUUGUUAAGGCUGUUCCAGGUUUUGACUAAGAACCUUGGCCUUCAGUAUCCUUAGAGGCAAAGGAUUAGCGUCUUUUGAAUAAAUACCCUAUAAAUGAAUGACUGUUACACGGGCUCUUAGUAAAUCUCCCUCUCUCGAAAUAUAUUUUAUGCCCCCCCCCCCCCCUCCCUCCCACUCCCUCACCGUCACAAGACAUUAUUUCAAAUUCACAGAGUUGUUUUUUCCUUACCUCUUCAUUGUCUUAUUCUUAGGUCAUUCUUGUAUAAGGAGUUAUAAAGACAUAGAAGACCUACUUGACAUUAGUAUAUUCAUACUAAUGAAGGUUUAAGUGCGAUCAACACCAUCGCGCAAGACUGUCCUAAAGGCGUGUGUUUAGUUUUAAAUAGAAAUGCAUUACUUCUAAUCACAUUCCUUUCAAAUUAAACAGUGCACUGCGCAAUCCAGAUUUUUUCCUCUUUGUAAACUAAUAUGGUCAAUAUAUUAAGAGAAAAGUAACCGGAAAAGAUUUCUAUUGUCACUUGUUUUUUACCCGACUCAGGUAUAAAAGAAAUAAAUAAUAUAGUUUUUGGUUCUUUUUCCUUUAAUGAAAGAUGUAUUUGGAGGUUAAAAAAUCUUAGAAGUAGCUUUGUAGAAGCUGGGAGUAAUAGAUCUUCUGAAACUCGAUUUGGCUUUUUCAGAGUUUGCAAUUGUUUCACACUCCUAAGCUACGAGACAGUAAAGAUAAAUUUCAAAUCACAUGAAUGUCACUUGUACAUUUUUUUUCAGAACACAACACCAAAAGGGGAAAUAGCUGCUACUCUGGAGAUCAUGAUCUCUAUGUCGUUGGUGGCUUGUACCAUGAUGUUCUCACUCCGGCCAUGACUGUUGGUCCCCGCCGCAGGGUAAGUACUCCAAGAAGAGUGAAUCAUGGAUCUUCUUGAUAAAUGCCUCUUUUUUUUGUUUUCAAAAUUUUGGUUGAACCUAUCUUGACACAAUGUUAAAAAAUAAUAUGGGGAACAUGCAAAAGGAGGUUACCCACUUGUGAAAGAAGGCAAAACGGAAGGGUGGGUGGUUUGUGAGUGUCAGUAUGAAUAUGAGCAUGAUGUGAAAGAGCCACCAAGCCCUGUCUACAAAAUCUCUCCUGACCUUCUCUAUGCCAAUUCCAAAAGGAAGAGGGGAUUUGGGUUGUUUUCAUGCUGCUUGAGGCCAUCUUGUGACUUGUGAGAAACCAGUGACAACUCAAAAGGCUUGCUGAGAUGCAUCAUAUGCCUACAUGCAAAAAAAUGAUGGCAGACAGCAUAGUUGUCACUAAAACCAUUCUAAGCCUUUAUAUUUUGAUGCAGCGAUGGAUCAAAGAGCAGAGUUACCUGAGCAAUAAUGGUUAUGUCAAGAGCGGAUGCUCCGAAAGUCCUGGCAGUACUAUUGAUGAUCGAGAGUUGGAACUUCUCUAUUUCAGCAAGGGGCUCUUCAACAGGAAUGCCAGCUGCGUGGUUAUCUGAGGAUGAAUUGUUGGCAAAAGCAACCGAUUCUGUGGACUUCUCCAAGUUUUCUCCUCAAGGGCCUUCACUCUUUUUUGAAGUUGUUUCAAGUACUUGAUAACAUCUCCUGGAGCAGAAGCCUUGUCUAUCUGUUGCAGGGUACGAACAGUAUCAGUAUCUUGUAGCGAAAUUUACCAACAAAAAGGAUUGAAUAUAUCACAAUACAGACUAUACCUUCUUCAAGCCAGGGACUAGAGCAGAGAGAGCAAUGAACCUUUGAGUAAGUUUUUCUCAUCUCUUUCUCUCAGCCAAUGAUGUGAUCGAUCCCGAGCUUGAGAAAGCCGAUCAUUUGUGCUAAUCCGUUUAGCACCCUGAGAGGAUUUCAGCACAUAAUUUUGGUUCUCAAAUGAACCCUGGGAGGUGAUAACAUCAGUACCUAAAGUAGCAGUGGUACUUCUAGAAGACAAAUCCUCUUCUUCCAGUUUUACAAUGCCAAUUUAAUUAUUGUAAUUAGCAUAACUUUUCAACACCUUUUCCUUUUUGAGAUUGUAAAAAUUCUCAUGCUUAGUUAAAUAUCAGAGGAGACUUAGUCAUUUUCUAUUA